UAAAGUGAAAGUAAAGUUCUGAUGCAGUCGAAUGCAAUCACAUGUUUUUGCAGGUACCAAUGCAAGGAAUUAUAAUAACUGACAAGGGUUUAUAUUGAACGCAAAUGUCUGAAAAUGCUAAAGAAGCUGAAAAGCUACCAAAAGGCUUGAUUGGAAGGAAAGGAACAUCGUCUGGAAAAUCUGCAAGGUUACCAUCUUUGAAAGGUCCAAGAGAUUUAACACUAGGUGGUGUUCCUAAGAAAGUUUUUACACCAACUAUACCUGCUAGGAGAGAUAAAGUUAAAGAAAAUCCAGCCCCACAGAAAUCAUCUAAACCUAAUACUUCUACCCGAGGAAGAAAUGAGAGGGGUCGAGGUAGAGGUCGUGGACGUGGCAGAGAGAAUACAUUAGUUCAAUCACAUUCUAUCUUUGAACAGGGUCCAGCUCAGAAACAGAGUAGAGGUGGAAGUGGAAUAUCAUAUAGAGAGGAUGGAGGUGGUUCAUCAAAAGUAAGCGUUAAAAAAGAGAAGAAUGUCUCUCACAAGGAUUUAGACCUUCUAUUGAGAGAUGAUUUUAUAGAUGAUGGUGAUAUACAAGAUGAUAUGCCACCAGUAAUGUUACCAUUAUCAUGUAAACUAAAAGAGGAAAUUGAGAUUAAAUCUGAUCUUAAAGUGGAAAAAGAAGAUGAAGAAGAUUCAAAGAGCAGUAAUGAUACAGAAAUGAAAUGUGAUGAAAAGUUGAAAACAUCAAGCAGCCCAAGAAAAUUUAAAAAUGAAAUUAUGGAUGACCUAUCUUGCAAAAGUAUUUUUUCUAAAUUUGGAAAAGCAGAAGAAGGUGAACUGAUAUUUUUUCAACUACCAGAUACUUUACCAGGACUACCUCCAACUAGAAAACAAGAUUCUGAUAAACCUUCUGAUACUUCAACUACAACAGAUUCUAAUAAAACUGACACUGAAACAGUUUCAGAUCGACUUUCAACAUGUUCUCUGGCAGACUUUUCUGAAGGUCAGAUAGGUAAACUACAGAUACGAAAAUCAGGAAAAAUUGAAUUACUAAUAGGUAAUGUCAAAUUAGAUGUAACUGCUGGUACACCAAGUGGAUUUUUACAGGAAGUGGUUUCAGUUAAUACAGCUGAUGGUACUGGUUCUAUGUGUGUUUUAGGUCAUAUUAAACAUAGACUUAUUUGUACACCUAACUUUGAAUCACUACUAGAUUCUUGAGAUAUUAUUAUGGAAUAGAUCUUGUCGAUACCAUGUUUAGGAACAGUUUAACCUGAAAAAUUUCACUUGUGCAAAAUAUCAAUGUGGACUGGUCAGCAUGUAAAAGCUAUGAACAUCGUAGUUUUUUUCCUCACUUGAUUGCUUCAAAUUCAAGCAAUUUGUUUUGUUGAAAUUCUUUAAAAACUGCAGUUUCUGUAACAAGCAAAUGAAGGUAGUAAAAAGGAAAACUUAUGGGUGAAUAAAUGAUUUAUUUUGAUGUGCU